AUGACACCGGCACAAUCUAGGUGGAACCAUCAAGCGCCAGCCCCUUUUACAGCUGCCAGGCCCAGGGAUGACGACAACUAUCACGAGAUCAAUGAGUUCACCAAUCGACAGCUUAAGCGAGUCACUCCUCCGCGGCAACCACACACUAACGCGAUUCGCCAUUCUCCGCAAAGCUUUGUGACCGAAUAUACACCUCCGUAUCCCUCAACUCAACCACCAUCUCAUCCACCUGGAAGGAAUGGUAAAAGAAGAAACUCACAUGGGGAGAAUUUUUAAAG